GCCACCAUCACAGAUAGGCUAUGGCGAGUCUACUUCCAACCGCAACAACAGGCCCAUACGGAGGCAGACGUCAACUUCCAAUUUAGUGCCAUCCCCUGUGCAACGGGAACGGCCGAGGAUGUGCCUGUGGCUAUCCACAGCACUGUUCUACCUG